AUGAACGGAAUCGCUGGUUUCGGUAUCGGAGUGGCUGCCGCUGGAGCAACGGCGAUCGCCGAGAUUCAGUUUGGAGACUACAUUUUCCCCGCUUAUGAUCAGCUCGUCAACGAGGCCGCCAAAUUUCGCUACCGAUCCGGAAACCAGUUCGAUUGUGGAAAACUGACGGUCCGAACGACGUGGGGUGCCGUCGGACACGGUGCACUCUAUCAUUCGCAGAGUCCAGAAGCCAAUUUCACGCAUACGCCUGGAUUGAAGCUCGUCGUGCCACGUGGCCCAAUCCAAGCGAAAGGACUGCUGCUCUCGUGCAUCCGCGACCCGAACCCAUGCAUCUUCUUCGAGCCAAAAAUCCUGUAUCGCCUGGCGGCUGAAGACGUGCCGACUGGGGACUACACGAUUCCAUUGGGACAGGCUGAAACCGUACGCACUGGAAACGAUUUGACACUGGUCGCAUGGGGAACCCAAGUGCACGUGGCACUCGAAGCGGCUCAAAUGGCAAAAGACAAGUUGAGCGCCGAUGUGGAGGUGAUCGAUUUGCAGACGAUUCAACCGUGGGACGAGGAUCAUGUUGUGGAGAGUGUCCAAAAGACUGGACGCCUCAUCGUCACCCACGAAGCACCCAUUUCGUCUGGAUUCGGAGCAGAGAUUGCGUCGACUGUUCAGUAA